GUCUUAUCCGGUAUAUUUGUCAUGGAAACCGUGUUGAAACUGAUCGCUCACAGACCACGCCAGUUUAUUAAAAGCAAAUGGGACAUUUUUGAUACUUUAAUCACCCUACCAACAUUAGCGCAAGCGAUUUUGUUGAUUACAGGCGUUAAAGAGACGGAAUGGAUUAUAGCUGCCUUAGUUACUCUUCGAGUCACUCGAAUUUUCCGACUAGCUCGCACUUGGCCUGCAAUGCGCUAUCUUCUUCGUACACUAAUAUUCAAUAUGUCCGCUUUAAUCUAUGUUAACCUUAUGAUGGUUAUUUUCAUCUAUAUAUUUGCUGUGCUUGGACAAAAAAUGUUCCGUGAUGCCUAUCGUAAAAAAUUUACCGAAAUGCCACGGUUCAAUUUUGAUAAUUUUGAAAGUUCUUGUAUGAUGAUUUUUCGUAUCAUGUGUGGUGAAUGGAUACAACCUUUAGGCGUAGCUGUUAAAGCGACGAGUUCUUGGGCAAUUGUAUUUUUUUUAAUGGUUUUUUUGAUUGGAAAUCUGCUGGUAUUAAACUUAUUCGUCGCUUUAAUUCUCAGUACUUUGGAAGAUCAAUCAUUUCAAGAAAAAUAUAAUACUGAAAAUGAUUCUCACUUAGACCAAAAUUUUAUGCAUCAACUCAAGUCCAUAUUUACUUCUUCUUGCUGCUUUAAGAAAGAAUCAGGUAAUAGCUACACAUCGUCUGACGAUAUCUUUGGCAAGAAAGGGGAUAUUUCUGUUAGCCACUGUUUACCCGAUUGCAUAGGCGAGAAAUUUUCCAAAUGUAUCAAAGUUGAUAGCUCUUCGUAUCAAGCUUGGAUUGCAGCCCGUAAGAUGAUACAAAAGUGGAUGACCCAUUGGGUUUAUAAUUUACUUAUGAUAUUAUUAAUAAUGGCUAGCAGCAUUUUAUUGGCAAUGGAAGAUAAGAGGGCGGUUCAAAACCCCCCAUAUUGGUAUAAUAUUCGAUUGGCUGAAUCAAUAGUAACUUUAAUAUUUAUAGUUACAAUUAUUUUUGAGAUUUUUGCUCGUGGUAUUUCUCAAUAUUUUUCUAAUGGUUGGAAUGUGUUGGAUUUUACCGUUAUCGUGGUAAUGAUGCUUAGUAGUAAAAUUAUUUUUCUUAUAUUCCAUACUUCUCGUACUACUAAAGCAAUUGGGCCUUUAAGAGUUAUACGCCGCGUGCAAAGUAUAAAAAUGAUGUUUUUGGCGAUUUUGGAAUCUAUACCUAAGAUUAUGAAUGUAUUUCUCGUGUGCAUGGUGUUUUGGUAUAUCUUUGCAGUCAGUGGUAUCUAUUUUUUUGGUGGUAAAUUUUUUAGGUGUAUAUACGUUAGCAACUCCUCAUUAGUGGACAGUGCAUUAGUGGGUGAUAAAGAUAGUUGCAAAGGAAAUGAUUAUAAAUGGACAAAUUCGUUGAUUCACUUUGAUGACUUCCCCCAAGCAAUAAUUUUACUAUUUCAUGUGGCAACAUUCGAUGGAUGGAAAAGAGCAUUAUACAAUGCAGUAGAUGCCAGAGGGAUUAAUCUUCAACCAGUAACCUAUUAUAAUCCAGCUGCUCAUGGUUACUUUGUGGCAUUUAUUAUCAUUGGUGUAUUUGUAGCACUAAAUUUAAUUGUUGGUGUUAUUAUCGAUGGAUUUUACCUGGAACGUCAACAAAGUGGUAGUGCUUUAGAAGCCUAUCUGACUGAUUCUCAGCGCAGAUGGUACCGUAUGAUGAGAAAGUUGCUCAAAACUAAGCCUAAAAAGAGUAUUCCCAGAGGAAAUCACCAAUGGCAAAUUCGGUUAAGAAAAUUCGUAGAGAAUCCCAAAUUCGAAAUGACUGUUAUUUAUAUCAUCGUUGCUAAUGUUAUCGUUAUGAUGGUGACGCAUUAUCAUGAAUCAAAUGAAGUUCAUGAGGUUUUAGAUAUCCUUUUCAAGUGCUUCAAUUAUUUCUUUACUAUUUUCUACGUAAUUGAAGCUGUACUGAAGAUUAUAGUAUUCCGUUUAUAUUAUUUUAAAGAUGCUUGGAAUCUAUUUGACUUUGCUGUUGUUAUCUUGUCAAUAUCAGGUAUGAUUCCUCACUUUUGUUAUUCUACCACGGCUAAUACAACUAUUAAUCCCAGUACUAUUCGAAUUUUGCGCAUCUUUCGAAUUGUGCGAAUUCUACGGCUAGUUCAAUACGCACAAGGAAUACGUCGCUUACUUAUUUCCUUAGCUAUGUCAGCACCAGCUCUUUUAAAUAUUGGCAUGUUAACCUUUUUAGUUAUCUUUAUCUACGCUGUCCUUGGCAUGUCGGUGUUCUACAACGUUAAGCACACUGGUGUACUUACUAAUGUCUUCAACUUCGACGAUUUCUUUAACAGCUUAAUUGUGCUAUUUCAGUUAAUGACAGCAGCUGGUUGGACUGAUGUUUCUAGCGCAUUAUCCAUUGAAAGUCCAAAUUGUAACAGCAACGAUACAACAAUAUCUCCAUUCGGUAAUUGUGGUAAUCGAUCUUUAUCCCUUUUAUUUACAUCGUCUUAUGUCUACCUAACUUGGCUGGUUUUAUCCAAUUUAUUUGUCGCUGUUAUUUUAAGUAACUAUCAAGAUGUUGUUGAUACAGAAGCGGGUGGUGUUACUGAAAUGGAUAUUGAUAUUUUCUACGAAGUAUGGGCCAAAUAUGAUACAGAGGCGACACAAUUUAUUGAUUAUUCUUCAUUAUCUCCACUAGUUGCUGAUAUUAAGCCACCUUUAGGUGUUCCACAACCGAAUAGAUAUGCUUGUAUUGCAUUAGAUCUACCGUUAUAUAGGUCUAAUCGCUUACAUUGUUUAGAUAUUAUUGAAGCACUACUAUUUAGAAUAAUUGGAAAUCCAGCUGAUUCAGAUGAGGAAUUAACAGCUGAAUUUGAUAUAUUAAUAAGACGUAUCAAGAAAAGCUUUCUUAAAAAAUUCCCUAGUCGUGUACCGGCAAAUCAAAUCAACCGAAUUAGUGAAUUAGAAAAGGCUAAUAUUACAGCUGCUAUUGUUAUUCAACGCGCUUAUAGGAAAUGGCGAUUUAAGAAAGUUGUUAAUGAUAGAGUAGAAAGGCAUCAAUUAGUUUAUAGAAAUGUAGCCAAUAGAUGUGAGAAGAAACCCCAGAAAGGCAUUCUAAAAAAGAUUCGCAAUGCUCGCAACGUUAAUAAUGCAUAA